GAGCUGUCCCAGCGAUCAUGGUGCUGAAGCUGCAGCACCGACUCGCAGCCAAUAGUCGCAGGAGGAUGCGAGACCAAAGAUGCUCUCGUCCAUAGCAGGACGGUCCGACAGUCGUGAUGGAUUGUACCAGUCGGUUCCGAACCUUUUCGCUCGGUCAUGGGAAACGGGGACGCGAGACUGGCGGACACCUGCUCUCGAUCUGCAGUCCGUCUGAGGGCUUAGGGGGGAGAAUGGAAGUGUAGAAAUCCGCUCCCGCCAGGUAGACGCGUUAUCCACGGCAAAGAUCUGCCUUAACCCCCCGGAAGACAGCGGGACUCAACGUGACAGUCGACGGUUUUGCACCUCAAGAUAAAGCUGACUCUUUUGUUGUCUAUUUCUGUCCAUUGUAGCGAAGGAAGAUUGGACUGUUGAGCUGAGGAUCUGGAGGGAGAAGCCUGUCUGGAUAGUUUGGAUCACUAGUAAGGCCAUGGAACACUGGAGCAAUAUCCUUAUUACUUGAAUGCAGAUUCCUAUCAAUCCAAUAUCUGACUUUCUUCUUGAAUAUCUUGAAAUUAAUGGCUUCAGACACUUGUUUGCAUGGAUGGGAUUUGACUACUUUCUGGAUUUCUAUUCCUCUGGGGACAGGGUGAACUGUCGGAUUACAUGAACAGAGAGCGCGUCCACAGUUGGGUUGUCACUGGGCAAGUUCGAUGCCGGAAUCCGGCUGCAGCUGAGCGCACAAGGGGAUGCUGAAGAACCGCUGCUGCGUCCUGCUGAGUGACCUGAGGCUGCUCCUGCUGGGGCCACCGCCAACCCCGCUGGCUUCGCCGACCCCCAUGAGCGGCCAAGCCUCCGAGAGCCAUGAGGCAGGAGCCGCCGACCCCGACAACAACAACACGCUGACUCGCGGCCACCAGGGUUCCGAGGAGCAGAGCGGCGCGCCGGCGGCAGCGCCCUGUGCGGAUGCGGCAGAGCUGGUGAGCGCGCCGCGCGGCUGCAGCAGCUCCUCCGACGACUGCUCGAAGGGCAAACCCGAGGAAAGAUUCUCCCUCACCAGCUACACCGAGAGCGGAUUCAGGACGCCCGUGUGCCGGAUCUGCUUCCAGGGACCAGAACAGGGGGAGCUGCUGAGCCCAUGUCGCUGCAGCGGGUCAGUGCGCUGCACCCACCACCCCUGCCUCAUCAAGUGGAUCAGUGAGAGGGGGUCCUGGGCCUGUGAGCUCUGCUAUUACAAGUAUCAGGUCAUUGCCAUCAGCACAAAGAACCCACUUCAGUGGCAGGCCAUCUCGCUCACGGUCAUCGAGAAAGUGCAGAUCGCGGCGGCCCUCUUGGGCUCCGUGUUUCUGAUGGCCAGCAUCUCCUGGUUGAUCUGGUCCUCCUUCAGCCCGUCGGCACACUGGCAGCGCCAAGAUCUGCUCUUCCAGAUCUGCUACGGCAUGUACGGCUUCAUGGACGUGGUCUGCAUAGCACUGAUCAUCCACGAGGGGCCGUCUGUGUUCCGCAUCUUUCACCGCUGGCAAGCCGUCAACCAGCAGUGGAAGGUCCUGAACUACGACAAAUCCAUGGACAGCCUGGACCUGAAGGAGGGGGCAGAGGACAGGACUCAGGUGGAGGCUUCUCUUGCCACCCAGUCUGGGCUGGGGCUGUCCACCUCCACCUCCUCCAUGGCAGGAGCUGAGGGCUCCACCUCCACUGCCGUGGCACCGGCGACUCAAGAAGCGCUGAACAGCAGCGGCGCAGGGCCCGAGCAACACUCUCCGUACAACAUCCUCCAGUUUCUCAGCAACCUUCGGCAACAGGAGCCUCGCAGAGAAGCCAGCAAUAGCACACGAGAAGUGGUGAUGAGAGUCACCACCGUCUGAUGACGACCACGUCAAGGCCUUAACUCACGUGGAGGAGAACCUUCACCAGCCAGCGGACAGUCCAGACUCACACUGCUCCGGGUUCAUCUUUUUCUUCUUUGUAUUCAAAUGCAUCUCUGAUGUUCCGACAUGAAUAAAAGCUCAACUCUUUCACCACUGGGGAAUUAUUCCGCCAACCUGGGUGAGAGGCACGGCUCACAGCAGGCUGCCCACGACAUACUGACGCAUGACCAGCCGCAGUCGGUACCAACAGAACCAGCCUCCAGGGCCACACACACACACACACACACAUAUUCAUCUUUCGUUUGGAUAUUCUAUCUCAUUCCACUUCGGUUCCAUUCAAAAAAAAGUUUGAUUUUGUAUUGUACUUAUCUUUUUUCAAGUUUAAUAAAAAAGAAAACACAUUUAAUUUCAUAAAUCACUAUCAGUAGGCAUUAUUUUUAAGUAACUCCAGGGAUGCAUUCAUAGUUAAUAAAACAAUUUUUUUUAAACCAUUUUAUUUUUUUUUUAAGGUUAUUCACGCGUGUUCUUGGACAACCAAAGUGUCCAGAAUUUGAUCAAGAUGUGAAGGAUCCAUCUUACCAGAUGUUCUUUAACUCAAACACUUCUUCACUUCACCCACCACUAAACACCAAUAAACCCAAUAAUGGCUCCCAAAAAGGCAAAGUUUGCCUGCUGUUCACUGACCACUAAGAAGUGGAUCACUCCUGCUCUUACUCAAAGAGAGACAUUAUACACUGCUGAGCUAAUGUGGUUUGCGAGAAAUUUGUAAAAUGAGCCGAGGUUUGACAGUUCAAACCUUGGAAAGCCUGCGGUGUGGUGCGGCAUGAUUUGGAAAAUAGGUGCGUUUGGGGAAUUUAAAAAGUUCAGCUGUUGCUGUAAACCACUGGUUACCAGCCUUGUCACAACUGCGAGCUACUCGAAGAGCUGGUGACCCCAAGGGCUACCAUGAGUUUAGUACACAGAAGGGCCAGUGGGCGACUUCCAUUGUCUCUGUGGGUCGAGGGGCACCACGUUGGUGAGCCCUACUGCAACAAACAGGUCCUAAAUGUCGGGAACUAAUGUGAAAACAUAACAAGGUGGCAUUAAUAACAUUCUUUUGAAUGUGAGUUAUAAACCCAUGACAUUUUAAUGCUUUUCCAUGCCUGCGAUUAUGACCGUGUGACUGCGAAGUUGAGUAGCUCAAUUCGUGAUUCGUUGAAGUCAAACUACUGGAGUUGAGAAUGGAGCCUGUCGUGAUUCGAGGCGCAACUCUGUUAAGUUAAAAAACUAACCUUAAACUGUCUUUGUGACAUGCAGCGCCUGCAGUGAAAACAGCUGCCACCUCUCAAUUAAGGGGCGACAUUACACCCAAAUUCUGCAGUCACUCUGCCAGGAAACACACACCAUAACAGCGAAAGGAAAAUUAAAACUCGUGAAUAAUGCAGCUUUUUAAGAGCUUUUGUCUGAAACUUUUCUGCUGACUGGUUUGAGCCGGCGGCUCCAGCGAGCGUGGGCUUUCUCCUCAAACACCAGACGUUAUUUCUGUUUUUAGAUUUGGAUUCCGAUUAAUGAUGCACUUUAUUAUUAAUUAGCGAGAUUUGGAAACCAAAGAUAACAGACAGUUUCAAGUGUGACGUCACAUUUGAGAAGGAUUUCAUUUUCUCUAACAGCUACUGCCUUUUCUUAUCUGUUAUCGGCUCUGUUCCGGCAGCCGACGUAUUAAUAUUCACUGGCUCCUCACAGAGACCCUGAUUUGACCCCUUUUGAUUCUGCAAUUCAGAUAUGCUCUUUGAGGAGUCUUCGGCACGUGUUUCUCUUUGUUCCAUGUCCUGGAAACCCUACUUUUCCCAGAGGACUGCAGGAUACUGUUAAACUUGCUGCUGGUGGAGCGUUUUCCCUGAACACAGAAGGGUGGAAAACAUUGUCAUUUUCAUAUUUUUAACGUUCUUAAUGUUAUUAAUUGUAAAAGAUUUCACCUACAUUCCUUUAUAUUUUGACAUUUGUUAAAGUCAACACUGUAUUUCCAAGCUAGAGCCUCAUGAACUCUUGCUUCAGGGAUGUAAAACUCAAUGCUCUUCAAACCGGUUUUUUAACUUGAACUCUUCCGCCUCACAUCUCCGGAGUCAUUCAUUUCAUUAGCUCAAUCUUAUUUAAACGGCCAGCUGUUUGCUUUGUUUUUCCCCGACUCUGAUUAUCCGCUUGAUGUUUUCCAUCCCCUGUCAUUCUGAUGAGUCCUCAGAAGUUCAGUGCAUCCAGGAGAUUCUUCUGCGCUGAAUUAUUAAAGCCGGCAGGCGCUGAUAUGAAUGUGAGAGCGGAUCUCCAGAAGCGACCUGCGAGCAGCUCGGAGGUGAGACAGAGUUCAGCGUGAGUCGUCUUCCCGCUACACACACCUGAGUCGGCCUCAGAAUAAAACAGAAAAGCUUCUUUUCUCCUCAGCAAUUGAAAUAUUUAACUCAGUCGGGCCUUUUCUUUGAGAUCCUAUCUUCACUCCUGGAAAGUUAAAGCGUCAUCCUCUCAACUGCUGAACUCGCAGCGCCCCCGGUGAUAGAUUACAGCUCAUUAUGAUUUUACGCUGGAGGUUAAUAAUUAAAGACAUUUAAUCCAGAGAUCACAACUUACUGUUCCCAGCUGCAGCGCAACAGUUAACUGAGGUCAGUAGCGCGGCAUGACACUGUUUUUGGAGCUAUACACACGGGACAAACACUUCUGGUGUCUGGUGUCCAUUUGUGUGGGUGGAGGUCCUGGGGCAGACCCGGGGCACAGUGGUGACACUUCAGCCAGAGCAGGAAGGCCUGCGCCUGUGUGUGUAGUACUGGUAUGGAUCUUACCAGUACUACCCAGUAAGCUCUCUGAGUUAGCUUGUGUCUUCAACAGAACAUUUAGGAUUUACUCCACCUGUGGGACGGAAACAUAGAUGAACGAUGAUGACGUCCUCGAACAUCCGGCUCUAAAUCACCAAGUAAUAUCGCUGUGACAUUCCUUAACAUGAACAUUAGCUCAGUGAGGAUUAAAUCCACAAAUAAUUCUGGAGAUGUCGUGCGCCGGUUGUUGCAUCCCCACACACACAGAGCCGAGAAGACGGCUGAGACUCCUCCUCAGAGAUCUGAUACUAAUGCCAUCGGUCAGAUGUAACUGGAGGAAAAGUGAAGGACGAAUACCCACACUUCCUAAAAUGUCCCUGACGUAACAUUCGCACUGCUCUGAUGGCGGAGUGGAGCUCAGCUACAUGCUGUAUCUAAACUGCCAGUCAUAAGCACUGAAGUGCACAAGUUUAGUUCUCAUGAAUUCUAAUACUAUUUCACAUUCAUAUCUGCUUUUCAAAAACAUUAGUAAGGUAAAGUAACUUUUAAUAAAGCUUCAAAAACAAUUGAAGAACUAUAAAAACAGUAGACUGACUAACAUUUUCAGAUUAAGUUAACUUACCAUUCUCUUGCUGUCACGUGCGUGGUGGUCACCGAGAUCAUCGACACAUUUUCCUUCUGUAUCCUUAUAAAAAAUAAGUCCACACUUCGGACAUUGAUCAUUUUGAAGGCGCAGAAAUCUCUGCCAUAUGAAACAUUGCAAGCUGCUCAUGCGUGUCUGUUAGUGACGUGCCGACGAGGCUUCAUGAAACAGUGUCCUCAUUUUCAGAGCCCACUAGAUGGCACUCCCUGCCCUAACAUUUGAAUCACCAUUUCAAUGAAACUGAGCAUCGCUUUUGAAACAAGAGCGCCACCUAGUGAGCAGCCCCCCCACAUACAGGAAGUGUGU